AUCUAUUAAGCCUAAUUAAUCCAUGUUAAUAAUGAACUAAUUAGGCUUAAUAUAUUCCUCUCGUGAAUUAAUCUUUACCUAUGCAAUUAGUUUUGUAAUUAAUCUAUAUUUCAUACUUCUAAUUAGUAUCUAAAUAUUUAAUGUGAUAGGAAUUCUAUGAGCCCAACAACCAAACACCCCUUAAUCAUGUUCGACAUCUAUGCCACAUCUACCAACUCACAACAAAGACAGGUCACCCGCCUUUUAAAAAAAUUAAUAAUAAAAAAGUCGGCUGCCUGUAAGCUGUAACCUGUCAACAUUCGUCACCAAAGCACUCAAAGAAAAGAACAAAAAAGAAAGGAAGAAAGAGAUUACAUUAAGUAUAGCUUUAUCUUUUCAUUGGCAAAUAAAGAAUUCACUCCACCUAUCCUCCUCUUCUUCCUCCGACCAGAGUGCUCUUGCAAGCAAGUCGUCCUGAUCCCUCUAACCGCAGAGAUCAUGGAGAGCGCCAAGAAGCAGCAGCAGCAGCGCCACCACUUCGUGCUGGUGCACGGCGCCUGCCACGGCGCGUGGAGCUGGUACAAGGUGGCCACCGCCCUGUCCUCCGCCGGCCACCGCGUCACGGCGCUGGACAUGGCCGGUUGCGGCGCCAGACCCGAGCGCGCCGAGGAGGUGUCGUCCUUCGAGGAGUACAGCCGGCCGCUGCUGGACGCCGUGGCCGCGCUACCGGCCGGGGAGAAGGCGGUCCUCGUCGGCCACAGCUUCGGCGGGCGAAGCCUCGCGCUUGCCAUGGAAAGGUUCCCGGACAGGAUCGCCGUCGCGGUGUUCGUGUCGGCCGCCAUACCCGCCGCCGGGAAGCCCAUGACGCUCGUCUUCCAACAGUUUUCGCAAGAACAGCGGGCAGCGGAUUUCUACAUGGACUGCAAAAUCGAAACCAGCGGCGAUCCCCAGCAUCCCGUGGAGACGAUUCGGUACGGACCACGGUACUUGGAGCAGAGAUUGUAUCAGCUCAGCCCCCCUGAGGAUCUGACCCUGGCGAAGGCGGCGACGAGGCCGUCGCGGCGGUUCCUGAACGACGCGACGAUGAACGGGGCCAUCCUUACGGCGGAGCGGUACGGCGCGGUGAGGCGGGUGUGCGUCGUCGCCGAGGACGACGCGAUGCUUUCGGCGGAGUUCCAGCGGCGGAUGGCGUCGUGGAACCCCGGCACGGAGGUGAGGGGGCUGCCGGGUGCGGAUCACAUGCCGAUGCUGUCAAAGCCGGAGGAGCUCUCGGAAAUGCUAAUGGAGGUGGCCGACAAGUACAGCUCCGGGUCCAGGUGCUUGGUCACGUUCCCCCGGCACAGCGGGCACGUCGGCUUCUUACGGAACCACUUGGAGAUGCACCGGCGGUGGAAGGCGUGCGCGCACCCCGGCAGCUCCACGGGCACGCCCUUCCCCGCCGCCGCAGCCUCCUCGUGCAACACCUCCAAGCAGAUGCUGCACCCAUCGUCCUUCCCCUCCGUCGCCGGCGGCGCCCCCCUGCAUGCCGUCAUAAGCACCCGGGGCGCGCUGUACCUGAUAUGGCGGUCCACCGCCAGCUCCACAACGGCGGCAGAGCGGCUGCCCUCGUCGAGGCCCCGCGCCAGGUCGGCGAGCUGCGGCACGACGUCCUCGGGCAGGAUGGCCUCCCACUCGUCGUCGGUGAGGUCGAGGUCCCGUAGAGGCCGGAUCGCCCUCAGCAGCAGCCGCAUCACGUCGCGGACGCUGUCCUCGUCGACCAGGACGUCCCUGGGCACGGCGGCGACGAAGCUCGCCUCGGCGCCGGACCCGCGGUAGACGUACACCUGUCUCUGCCCGCGCCCGCGCCCGGCGCGGAUGUACUUGGUCACGUGGCACCUCAGCUGCACAGCGAGCUCGGGCUCGCCGCCGCCGCUCGGCUCGGUCUGCGGGGUCGUGUGGAGGAAUGUAGUGCUGGCCUCGACUCGACGCGUGAUCAGGGACGACCCGUUCUUCCCCUGCGACUCCAUGGCUGAUCGAUCGACGCCGGCCGGAGGCAACGGCGACGUACGGCCGAUCGAAUUGUUAGCUAGCGAGAUGCGAGUUGCUCGAGUUUCUUUGCUGUAUGUAUCCGCGCCACAUAUGUAUAUCCAGCUCGCACCUCGCAGCGGCGUUCGGACUCACCUCCGAGACGGGCUUCCC